AUGUCUCGAUACCUUAUGCUUGGUACUGCUCUUCUGGUCUCCAAUGUCGCUGCCCACGGCUACCUAAACACCUUCACUCUCGAUGGCACCGAUUACCAGGGCUUCAGUCGCUGGAACCCCUCUCCCGACCCCAAUGCGAUUGGAUGGAGCUUCUCCACCGAAGAUGAAGGCCCAGAGAUGGACAUCUCCAGCCCUGACUUUGUCUGCCGUCGUGAUGCCGAGGCCUCCAAGAACUAUGGAAAAGUCGCUGCUGGUUCCAAAGCCUCUUUCUUCUGGACCUCCGACGAUAAGGAGAUCAAUCCUAAUGGCUGGGCCGAGUCUCACCGUGGUCCUGUCAUUACCUACAUCGCCCCUUGCAACGGCGACUGCACUUCUGUAGACAAGACGCAGCUCAAGUGGACCAAGAUCGCUGAAGAGGGUCUUGUCUCUGGACCCGCCAACACUGAAGGGGUUUGGGCUACCGACAAGCUCCGCGAGAAUGGUGGUGUCAACUCUGCUACUAUUCCAGCUUCUAUCGCAGCUGGAAAGUACGUCAUCCGUAACGAGCUCAUCGCUCUUCACCGUGCUCAUCUCUCCGAGCCCGAGUUUUAUAUGCAGUGCGGUAACAUCGAGGUUACUGGCUCUGGUAGCGAUGAUCUGUCCAGUUCUGGUGUUGUCGCUUCGGAAAUCUACAGUACUUCUGAUUCUCAAAUCUUUGGUUUCUCUGUUUAUGAUAACCAGGGCGACAGUUGGCAGAUUCCCGGCCCUGCUUUGUAUGGCAGUGGUCAGGGCAAGCGAUCUAAGAUCGCUAUGAAGUUCCGUGGUUGA